UCCAGACGGUCAUGGAAUGGGCGUCCUUCAUGAUUUAUGCUGGUAUACUGUGUGGUUUUGUGGUCCGCUCUAAUCCCAGGGUCCUGGUUCCUGGAAACACCAGGAUUUUGCUCUUGACUCUUCUUCAUGACUUAGUAAAACAUCAGCAUCGCAGGUUAUCCUUUCCUGUAAACAGCAAGUCAUACUAUUAUUGAGUUUUCUUUGAACUGUGGUCAUUCCAUGCCAUCUUGGAUUUUGAUUUUUUGUUUUAUCAUCUUGCGAAACAAAGAAUGAAUGAGUGAAUGAACUCCAAAAGAGAGAAAUACAUAUGCCUAGAGUUAGGGGAGAGAGAAAUUUCACUCCUUGAGACGGACGGUCGUUGGUUAUUCAGGGAUUCAACAUGUUCAGAUGAGGACCUAUCAAAGCUCGAGCUCGAACAACUAAGGGAAACGUUUGAGAUAUUUGACAAGGACGGAGAUGGCUCGAUUACGACCAAGGAGCUAGGCACUGUAAUGAGGUCUAUGGGGCAAAACCCUUCAGAUAAGGAACUCCAAGAUAUGAUCAAUGAAUUCGAUGCUGACGGUAAUGGCAUCAUUGACUUUACGGAAUUCUGUACGAUGAUGUCGAGAAAGCUAAAAGACAGCGACGAAUCGGAAGACAUCAGGGAGGCCUUUCAAGUAUUUGACAAGGAUCAAAGGGGCUUUAUUAGAGCUGAAGAACUCGCUGCCGUGUUAAAAGUUGCCGAUGGUGGGAUCACAGAUCAAGAUAUAUUAGACUUACUAAGUGACGCCGACAAAGACAGUGACGGCACUAUUGAUUACCAAGAAUUCGUGGCGCUUAUGGUGGACAAAUAGUCUUUAUGUAUGCUGCAUAAGUAUUGUGUGUUGAUGCUGAGUGCGUGAUAUGGCGUAAGAAACGAGUGAAGGAGUGAGAGUGUCAGAUUAAAUACUAUUUAUUGAAGCCAAGGAAAACGGGCACAUCCAAGAAAAAAAUGAUCCUGUAAAAAUUAAGGUCCUAAAAUAGACUUAUUCACAUAUAGGUCAGUUUCACUUUUUAGAUUAAGCUGGUGGAUGGUGUACAGUAUUUAGGUCUCUACAUCGGUGAAGGGAGAUGGUUCGCAUACAAAAAAAAUGCCCAACUCAUAGUUGGGUUGUAGGUUAUAGGCAUGUGGAACACAAGAAUAUAAACAGACGAUUUGUUCUUUUGAUUUCUGGUGGUACAAAGACAGGAACGAAACGAAUGAUCAUGAGAAUCAGCUUACUGUAUCCUUAUUUGCCCAGAUCACCGUCUUGCCAUAUCACCUUCAUCAUUGUUGUUGAUAUAUUAAGUGUAUUACCAAAGCUAACAAAGUGAAAAGUGAGUGAGGACGAAUGAGCGUUUCUACUGUUUUUGUAGGACAAGCGCGUUAAUGUUUGAAAUUCCAAUUGUAAGGCAAUAACAGAUAUGGCCUUGUUUUGAAUAAAACUGUGUUUAUAGCAACGUUAUUUGGGUCGCAAGCCUAUUUUCCAUAAAAAUCGUUACACGCUGUCGCCGACUCCUUUGGCGGCGCUGACUGGUCAGUUGAAUCAGGGAGCGGUCCUGAUUGCGUUGGGGAUAGCUACGCAGUGCAAGGGAUUGUAGUGAAAACACGCUGUAGUGACUGUGUAGCGAUUCUAUGGAAACCAGGCUUAUCCCAAUCGGAAUACAAAGGCCUAACAUAAAUAACAAUUCCAAUAGAACAUGUUGUUCUCUCGUUUCAAUUAGAAUAGUAUAUAGACCUACAUGGCAUACUUUCUGAACUGCUUUAACAUAAAAAAAAACCGAAAGGUCCACUGAUUAAUCUCAGAUAAGAAAGUAUAAUACAUACUCCAAGUAUUGAAAUGCACGCCAUCGUGUUGGGAUUAAAUAUUUCGACAUUAAUU